CUCCGGGCUCACUGAAGACGCCCUUAGCAACAACACACAGCUGCGUCGAAUAAGAUACUCGCACGGCAGAGAAGAAGGAUUAAACACUGCCGCUUUAUUGGACCGAGAGUGCAGGUGAAGCUUUUCUGCGAAGGUGAUGCUCCGGUUGUUUCUGCACUCAACAUGGGGCUCGAGUACAGCUAGCGACCUAGCCUAUUUUGGCUAGCCAUCCCCGAAGACCAGCGAAGCGGCCCCCAAGCUGUCCCGAAGGAGGGCAGUAUCGUGGGGGUUCACCGAGCGGUAGCAUCGCUGCUUGCUAACUACAAACUCAGCUAACCGGGAAUAAGCACGGGAAUGGUGCUCUGGACCGACUCACUGUACCGACAGAGAAAGGCGAGGGGCACACGGGUCAGACCACCAAGCUGUAAUAUUUGGACUCUAACUAUUUUUAACAGAGGGAGCGGCUCUCGGGCGGACGAGUGUUUUUGUGGCUGUGCGAGCUAGCUGGCUAGCUAGCUGAGGGAGACGACCCCCACCGCCUGCUCAGGUUUUUCAAACUGCAGCCAAGGCUAAUGUUAGCCAGCACGCUGAAUACACACAUCUGUGGUUUUAAUAAAACAAGGAUAAAUGACAGUGAAAGCUAAGGGGGAAACUAGUUAACACCAAGGAGAGAGAGAAAAAAACUAGAGUUAGUUGAGUCUAAACCACAACUCAAGGGCUCUUGGACUUAAGCAAACACUGCCGAGCCACGGCACACUCACAAAUGCUCUUAGUCAAGUUUGCUACGUGACUCUAGUUUGAAUCUUUUGUUUCCACUUUUUUUUUUACUCGGGAUUUUUUCCUCUCCAUUUCGGAUGCUGGCAUCACAUAUUAAUUGCAACCAUGAUGAUAAUAAGCAGAAAACCAGAGGGCCCAAUAGCAACAGCACGCCAUGGUGACGGUCUGUAUGACUCGUACAUGAGGACAGACCACAUCCUUAAGGACGAAGCGGAUACAAACAGUCCGUCUGGGCUGCCCCCUAUGCCCAAACACACUGUUGUCAGUAACAAGGCUGUAAUGAGGGAUCAGGUAACUGUGCGAGGUAGCCAGCUGAAGGUCAAGUACCUGUAUGAAGACUCCACCAACAACCGGAAGAUCAACGCCAUAACCACAGCAACUCAGAACAGCGGGACCACUGGUCAGACGCCCAGUAAACCUGCCCCGGUCUCUAGCCUGUCAAAGGAUCACAGUGUUGACAGCACUGAAUCCAGUAAGGGCUCCAGUGAAUCCUCUGGCUCUCAUGGAGUUGGGAACGGAGGGAACAGUGGGAAGCUGUGUGGCCCUCUCACUCCUGACCAGGCUCUGAGACUGUACCGAUCUCAGCUGACCACCCUGGAGCAGAGUGAGAUCCACUCAUACCCUGACAUCUUCUUCGUGGGACCCAAUGCCAAGAAGAGGCCCGCUGUCGCUGGAGGCAACAACAACUGUGGCUACGACGAUGAGCAGGGAGGAUACAUUCAUGUCGCCCAUGACCACCUAGCUUACCGCUACGAGUUCCUCAAGAUCAUUGGUAAAGGUAGUUUCGGCCAAGUGGCUAAGGUGUACGACCACAAACUGCAGCAGCACCUGGCACUGAAAAUGGUGCGCAAUGAGAAGCGUUUCCAUCGGCAGGCGCAGGAGGAGAUCCGUAUCCUGGAGCACCUACGCAAGCAGGAUCGGAAUGGCUGCAUGAAUGUGGUGCACAUGCUUGAAAACUUCACCUUUCGCAACCACAUCUGCAUGACCUUUGAGCUGCUGAGCAUGAACUUGUAUGAGCUUAUCAAGCGCAACAAGUUCCAAGGCUUCAGCCUGCCACUGGUCAGGAAGUUUGCACACUCCAUUUUGCAGUGCCUGGAGGCCCUGAGCAGGCACAGAAUCAUCCACUGUGACCUCAAGCCAGAAAACAUCCUGCUCAAACAGCAGGGACGUAGCGGCAUCAAGGUGAUUGACUUUGGCUCCAGCUGUUUUGAACACCAGCGGGUAUACACCUACAUCCAGUCUCGUUUUUAUCGAGCUCCAGAGGUGAUCCUCGGUUCACGUUACGGCCUUCCUAUCGAUAUGUGGAGCUUUGGCUGCAUACUGGCUGAGCUGCUGACUGGCUAUCCCCUGUUCCCCGGUGAGGAUGAGGGUGACCAGCUGGCCUGUGUCAUGGAGCUGCUUGGCAUGCCCCCGCAGAAGGUCCUGGAGCAGGCCAAAAGGGCAAAGAACUUCAUCAACUCCAAGGGCCACCCUCGCUACUGCGGAGCCAACACCCUGCCCACGGGGGCCACCGUGCUGACAGGGUCUCGCUCUCGCCGCGGCAAGAUGAGAGGUCCCCCAGGUAGCAAGGAGUGGAGCGCUGCGCUCAAGGGCUGCGAGGACCCCACCUUUACUGACUUCAUAAAGAAGUGUUUGGACUGGGACCCUUCGUCUCGCCUCACCCCUAGCCAGGCCCUCAGGCACCCUUGGCUGUAUCGGCGCCUACCCAAGCCCCUACCAGGGACCGAGAAGAGCCAAGGGCCCACAGUGAAACGGCUCCCCGAGCACCACAGCACCUCCUUCCCCUCAAUCCUGGCCAAAGGGGGGCCUGGCUUGGGCACCACAGCUGCCAACAACAAACUGAGGAGCAACAUGAUGGGAGAUUCAGGGGAGGCCAUACCUCUUCGCACGGUCCUCCCCAAACUUGUCUCUUAGAGAGAGAGUCCUGUAAUCUCCUCUCUUCUUCCACUUCUUCCUCCUCUGCACUCCUCAGGAGGAGUCAGAGCGCAGGAGAAAGUGGAGGCUAGGUUUUAAAACUCGUUUGGUUGUUCUUUUAUUUGUUUUCUACUGAGAGGUGUCGACACCCCAGUUCCUGGUUUUUAAUAUUAGCUGAACAGAGAGGAGAGAGAGACAAUAAAAGAAACACUCUAAAAAAAAAGUUUUUAUACAGAGGAUUUCCUUUGGAAAUCGGCUGUGGAAUUUCUGUAUGCAGCCAUUGAUGAGGUUUGAUUUAGAUAAUGCUUUUUAAAACCUUCCUCGUAUGAGUGGAGAGCUUCGUAAAUGAGCAAAUGUUUUUAACCUGCGUGUGUUCUCACGUGAGCAUUAUGUUUUUAACACACUCAAGCACACCUGCACUGUCACUUGCCACACUUCACACUCUUUCUUAACACUCAGAGGACGCCACCCUUUCUCGGGAAGUGUUGACAUGAGUGAAACUUGAAAAGGGCUACAGAGAUUACUCUUAUCACGUUAGAGUUAGCGAGCAAACGUUUGUUCAGCCAAGAUGAUUUUAGUAGAUCAAAAGAAUCAUGCGCUAGUGUUUGGGCCCUGCACACACACUGACACAGUUAUCCCUCAUGUAUACAACACAAAGGCCUUCACACAGGUAAUGAGGGAUCAGCAUUAUGGAGUGAAGCAUUAGGUAAACCUGUUGUAGCAAUAAGUCUUCGCUUCUUUGUCUUUUUUAACCGCACUCUUUUCUACCUUUCCUGAUCCCUGGUGCUUGCAUGUCAGCUCAAUAUGUGACGUUAGUAUGUGUGUGUGCUUUAGCUUCGUGGUGCUACUGUGGGAGAGAGGACGUAGGACAACCUAUUUACAGCCCCCUACUCCUCCCAUCUCCCCCAUUUGAGUGAAACAAGGAGGUGGAGGGGGACAGUAGCUCCACUCGAACUGAAACUGUCACAAAGGUGUCACCGUCACACUUGGUACUUCACAAACUGAGCCUGCCGUGUGAGGCCGGCUCACAUAAACUGAUAUAUAUAUAUAUAGAGAGAGAGAAGGAGAGCUGCAAGUCAUUGCACAUACACACCUGCGGGGUGGAAAGUUGGCUGUGGAAAGUUAAGUUUGUGUGAAUGUCACCUGCCCAUGCCCCCCAAUUUGCCUGCUGCAAUUGUUGGCAGCGGUGCAUUAAUCCUAAUGGAACAAGAGCGCAAGGUGAGAUAGAUCACAGGAUAAAAUGAAGAGCGGUAUGUUUAAUAUGAGCCAAGAUGUUUUAUAUUUCAGGGGGAGGUGUAGAGGAGUUGACAGGACGGGCCAGUGACAAAAGGAGGGUUUUUACGGUACUGAAGAAAGAAGUGUUUCUCAGGGAGACAUACUUGAUACAUCCCUUAAUGUUAUAUUAACUGUGUUCCACUUCCUCUGUCCCGACUACGGAUGAACAUGCAUGCAGUUCUGUCCACUGAGAGCGAGAGAAUGUGUAUACGAGUGUGUCUGCAAAGGGGGUCUGCAUGCUCCACAAUCUGACCUAGAUUCUCUCUCCUCCCCCCACCAUCUCUUUUCUCUCUCAUUUUUUUUUUCUCACUCUCGUCUCAUGUAGGGCAGGGAACCUCUUAAACUCACACAUAUAUAGUGAACUAUGGUGCUGUCCAAAAACACACACAGACACACAGGUCAGGUGCACGUUGUAUGGACCACACCGCUCAAAGAGUUCUUUCUCUCGUCCCUCGUUUCCUAAGUGAAUCUGUCAGGGAUUUCUACUCUGUCUCCUUUUUUUUUUUUUUUUAUAGAAGUGAUUUCUAUUUGCUAUUCAGUCCAGAAUAUCAGAGGAUGUAAAAUGCAAAUGUGGAAAAAGAGAAAGCUGUAUACUGUCAUGUUGUACCUAGUGGUGUGCGUUAGUAGGAGGGUGUUUGGUGUUCCAGCAUGAAAUCACAACCUGUUAUCAGACUGAGUGACUAUGAGAAGAGAAACUGUACAGUAACCAAAUGAAGUUGUGAUAGUUUCUUUUUCUAAAGAAAAUAAAAAUGAUUAUUAACAGAAAA